CAUCCACUGGGCCGUAUCCUACAACCACCUGCCCAUAGUGCAACUGCUCGUGCAAACCAAACACUUCGACCCCGAUGUAACGGACGGCUCGGGCUGGACCCCACUAAUGAUGGCAUGUUCAAGAAAAGAUGCAGAGGCAAUAGUCGAUCUCCUGUUAUCAAAGGACGCGGACGUAAACGCGAAGAACAACAACGGACAAACCGCCCUACACUUCUGCGCCUCAAAAGCGAACCUCGACAUCGCCCGGACCCUGCUUGCACAGAAACCCCCGGCGUCGGCGCGGAUAAAAGACCGGCGCGGACAGCUUCCCCUCCACCGCGCCGCAGCCGUGGGCUCGGUACCCAUGAUCAAGGCCUUGCUCGACGCCAAAUCUCCCCUCAACGCAACCGAUAUCGACGGCAUGACCGCGCUCCACCACGCCAUGUGCGAGGGCCACGGCGACGCUGCACUGCUCCUCCUCACAAGCGGCGCGGAUUUCGACAAACAAGACAACGAGGGCAGGUUACCACUCGACCUGGCCCCCGACGCCAAGACGAAAAAGUUCAUCCUGCAAGCUGCGGAAAGAGAGGGGAUAGAUUUGGAAUAGUUCUCAAUAGGCGCUACCAUGUGCUAGAUCAGGGCCCUCAAUACGGUCUGAGAGACGUAAAAUGGCGGAGAUGUGCUAUGCCAUAUGAAGAGCAGGAGCAUUCAAUCUGCGUGCUUCUACAGGAACCUCCACAGCCCAAAGUUUCGAAGGCGUGAAAGCGCAGGGCUCGGGCCGCUCGGUUAAAGCUGGUGGCGAUGAUACAUACAUGCAUGAUACCCUGGAGUUCAGCGGCAUAGAACAUGCAUGUUUAGAGACGAGCAACGAGCAACACGAGCAAUGUACUGUACAACAUCUAAACAUGUUAAAAGAAGUGGAUAACACUACAACUUCGCUAUAUCUAAACG